CACUCUUCCUUACCUUACCUUGCACAUAUACACCCCUCACACAGUCCAUCGACGACUCCCUCUCCGCUCCUCCUCACUCCAACCACACAUCCACAGCUCACCACUACAGCCAUGGCCAAGUUCUCAACCCUCAACGCCCUCAGCCUGGCCAUCCUCGCCAUCAUCUUCACCUCGCUCCUCGCCACCGUCUCGACCGUCGAGGCUGCCUCAAAGCCGCCCGCCUCAAAGUCGCCCGCCUUCACCGUCUUUGCCAAGACUAAUCUCGGUGGCAAGUCCAAGCUGGUGACCGGUUACGGCUGCAUUAACCAUAACCUCGGCACCGUUGGCUCUGUCAAGUACAGCAGCGGUCCCGUUGCCCAGAUCCGCUUCUACGCGGGCAAGAACUGCAGCGGCACAGUCACCCACCAGAUGGACACCUCCACUGUCAAGCGCAUGGGUGGUCCCUACAAGUCAUACAGUGUCAAGGUCACCAAGUAAUAUGGGACUCGGGCAGCAUCCAUAAUAAUACCAGCUCCAUCUGCAAUUUUUACAUCAUAUACAUAGUACCGUACAUUAAAAAACCCAGAACCAGAAGUGUUUUGGUACAACAAAUAACAUCCACAGUCUUCAGCAAUGAGUUUUUGUUAUGAAAGAACAGCGUUGCUUGGUCCUGGUAGCAGCCUGCAGGAAAAUGUAUGCAGGCAUUAUUGAUGUCAAGAAAGGGCGCUUCUCUCCACACGGAGCAGAAGCCGUGUAAAAACCUUAAAAGAGUAAUUCUCCAAACGCCAAGCGUUUUC